UCCAUUGAAGGAAUUUUCCAAUUCCUUGACCGGGUCCUUGAAAACCCGGAUGAUGCCAUAAAAAAAGAAAAAAAAUAGAAUAUACAAAUACAUCGUACUUAAAUAAGUAUAAUCAACACGCAGUAGCUGGGAAAUUGGAAAAACAAGGGCGCAAGAUUUUGACAUCAUAAUCUUUUUUUAUUUCAUUUUUUCACCGGGCUUGGACUAUGUCUCCCGAACAAUCUCGUACAUAUGGCGCAAGAUGAUUCCACAUAUCGAGGUCGGAAUGGGAUCAGGUGUUUUCACGUCUUACCGUAGUGCCCGAUUUGUCUUGAUUUCCAAUUGAUGAAGAAGAAGGAAAAUGGAACAAUUGGAUUUUGGACUCUCCCCCGGUUACGUGUCCUUUGGACCCUUCGCCCGUCCGCCACCAGUGGAAGCAAGCUAGCCCCCUAUGUUGGAAAGUUGGGGGAAAAGUGCAUUUCCAUCGCGAAAGAUUUAAUCCAGCCACGGGUUCCCCUACGGCUACCUUGUUACGACUUCACCCCAGUCAAAGACUCCACCGUGGUAUGCGCCAAUAAGACCACCAAAGGCUUUUGUGGCACUAGUGUGCCAUAGAAGUCAUGGGUGAUCAUUGGUCUGAUGCUUCUGGCGAAACCAAUUCCUAGGGUGUGACAGGCGGUGUGUACAGGGCCCGGGUACAUAUUCACCGCGGCAUGCUGAUCCACAAUUACUAGCGAUUCCAACUUCAUGUUCCCGAGUUGUAGAGAACAAUCCAAACUGAGGUAAUCUUUUCGGAUUUGCUCCACUUUACAGCCUUGCUUCCCAUUGUAAUUUCCAUUGUAGCACGUGUGUGGCCCAGCCCAUAUGGGCCAUGCGGACUUGACGGCAUCCCCACCUUCCUCCAGUAUAUCACUGGCAGUCCUUCAUGAGUGCGGCACGCACCUUUAUAUUUGUUUCGGAGUCAUUUAUUUGGGCGGGGCGUACUAAACCCACUACGUACCACACCACCGAGUGGCUUGCCUGAAUGCCAAGUCUUUCUCUGCCGUCAACUCGACGUCGUCGUCGCCUGUAAGAUAAGGCCAAAAACUUAACUUUACUAAACAAGCGAGAAAGGCCCUUUCUAUCUUAUUAGUCAAGCGCGCUAGCUGCAAUAAAAAAACAACGCUAACUAGAAAUAGAAAAUGCUUCGAAAGGCGCCGACUACCUUCUUACUGACAGCACAGCAAGGUGCUGGCACUCAAUUAGUAGCGCUGGCACGUCACUUUGCUGCUCGGCUCACUUCGGUUGCAAAGACUUUCUCCUUAGGUGCAUGUCUCAGCAACACAAAAUGAGGUUUUCUCUCGUUAUAGGACUUGACUAAACAUCUCAGGAUACGAGCUGAUGACAGCCAUGCAGCACCUGUAUGAAAGUAAGUACCAUCCCGUUAAGGACAAGUUUUCUUGUUCAUAUGUCAAAGGCUGGUAAGGUUUUGCACGUUUUAUCAAAUUAAACCACAUGCUCUACUGCUUGUGCAGGCCCCCGUCAAUUACGUUGAUUUUUGGUCUUGCGACCGUACUUCCCAGGCGGAGUGUUUCACGCGUUAGCUGGGCCCCUGAUCCGCGUAGACCAAGGGCGAACACUCAUUGUUUACGCCAUGGACUACCGGGGUAUCUAAUCUUGUUUGCUCCUUAUGCUUUCGCACCUCAACAUUGGUAGGGACCCAAAGAGCUGCCUUCGCUUUUGGCGUUCCUUCGUAGAUCUUCGAAUUUCACCCCUACACACGAAAUUCCACUCUCCUCUGUCUCACUCAAGUGAAUUAGUUUCGAGAGCAUUCCACCAGUUUUUGGCGGCUAUCACUUUCAACCUGAUUCACCGCCAAUGUGCCUUUUACGCCCAAUCAUUCCGAAGAACACUUGCCCCGCCGUCUUACCGCGGUUGCUGGCACGGAGUUAGCCGGGGCUUCUUCCUCGAGUCCUGCCAUGAUCGCGCACUUGACGAAAGAGCUUUACAAGCGGCAUUGCCCUUCUUCACUCAUGCGAUAUUGCUGGAUCGGGCUUUCGCCCAUUGUCCAAGAUUCCCCACUGCUGCCCUUCGUGGAAGUCCAGGCUGUGUCUCAGUUCCAGUGUGGCUGAUCAUCCAAAAAAGGCCAGCUAAGCAUUAUUGGCUUGGUCAGCCUUCACCUGACCAACUACCUAAUACUACACAGGCUCAUCAAACAUCGCUUUUUAGAUUUCUUCAGGAUUUGGCCCGAACUGUUCGGCAGAUUCCCACGCGUUACGCACCCGUUCGCCACUUUGUUCUCAAUUGUUCUCACCUCCUGGGCGAGACAAGAUACCUUUAUCUAGGAGCCUCUUUCCCUUCUGCCCAGCUCCUCGAAAACAACGUUCGACUUGCAUGUGUUAAAAAUAUAGCUAGUGUUCCUUCUGAGCCAGGAUCAAACUCUUCUUUUGAGUAUGAUUGGGCCCUGCAGUGGUAGAACCUGGUGAACCGGGCGUACUAUUU